AUGACGGUGGCCUAUUCAUCUGCGGUAGCCACGGCUACAUAUUCUACCUUUCUUCACUUGCUAUUUAUGUGGAAGGGGAGCGUUUAUCGACUGAUAUGGUUUGAACUGCUUGUGUUUAUGGGGCUGUACACGGUGAUUUCGCUAACAUAUCGGUAUCUGUUGACCGGUGUUCUAAAGACGUACUUCGAACUGGCAUGCAUGUAUUGCAACAAACACAAUGAUAUCAUCCCAGUUCCCUUCGUACUGGGCUUUUAUGUGGCAAUGGUCGUUGGACGUUGGUGGGAGCAAUUUUUGGAGCUUCCGUGGCCUGAUCAAAUCGCUCUAUAUCUCACAGCUUAUUGCCAUGGCAACAGGGAAAGGCCUACCAGAAUCAGGCGCACCAUCAUGCGUUAUGUGAACUUAUGCUACUGUCUCGCCUUAAGGGCCGUAUCGUCUCGCGCUCGACUGCGAUUCCCCACGGAAGAACACUUGGUUAUCUCUGCAUUGGAUUUCGUCAAGAAAACCGCCACAAUCGUCGUAUACUCUUACUUCAUUUCUUGCCUGCUCUCGUGGCAGUAUUUGGAUCCCAGCAAAAAUUACCCUGGAUAUGAGAUCGACUUGUAUGUGCCCGUUUUUGGUUUUCUUCGUUUCUUCUUCUACAUGGGUUGGCUCAAGGUUGCCGAGUCACUAAUUAAUCCGUUUGGUGAAGAUGUUGACGAUUUUGAAAUGGAAUACCUUAUUGAGCGUAAUCUUAACGUGUCUUAUCUCAUUGUGGAUGGCAUGCAUCACGAACACCCCGACCUCGUAAAGGAUGCGUUCUGGGGUACCACCGAUACCCCCUUACCGGACGGGUCCAGAGGGACUGAGUAUCCAUUUGGUGAUGAAACCACUGAACAUCCCGGUGAAGGUGCUCGGUUCAUCGGAUCACUCGCAAAUCUGGACAUUGCUGAACGCCGGAGGAGUACUUUAUGGCGCAGAUCCAGUCUGGUCAGGCCGUUCUCUUCUUUUACCAAUUUGAGAAAAAUGUCCAAAUUCUGAAAUCAUGAUGCAAUCGAGCAUCCGUUGCAAAGAAAAACAACUAUUUGCUGUCUUCGCCCUGCCUUCCUUCGUGACCUAACCGCGCACGUGACCAUCAAUGACAACCUAUAUUUCAUCAUUUAUUUAUGUGCGCAUUGCUGUAUUUCGCUAACUCACUCAGGAGUAAUCGUCGUUCCUAACCCUCUUGCCGAUUGUAGUGGUUAGCUGAGUUGUGACUAAGGUUUUACGGAUAGCAUGAAGACUUAUCAAUGCCUUUUAUAUCAGCUUUGUAAUGUUUUUGCAUCACACAAAUCACUUGCAUAAGAUCCAUCGUGUCUGUUCCCAACUCCCUCUAUCUUCGUAAACUAACGCGCAUCUAACAGAAUAAAUUGCUUCCGUUAUCA